AUGGCAGAUUUCGCUCAUCAUCAUGAUGGCCGAGUACUCCACGCAGGGCAUUCCCACGACAUGGAGGGCGUGGACAUCUCAGAAGGUGACCCCGGCUUUGCCAUGCUUCUCACCCUGCUCGCCGGCUUGGCUACGACGAUCGGCGCAUCAAUUGCUUUCUGUGCCAACACAGAGGACAACCGCGUGUUUGCGAUUUGCCUGAGCUUGUCGGCUGGGGUGAUGGCAUAUGUGUCCUUCUCCGAGAUUCUGGAUAUGACGAAGCAGAGCUUCAAGGAGGCCAACCUCACGGACAGGAGUGCCCUCACACUCGGGACACUGACGGUCUUCUCUGGGAUACUCCUCACUUGCUUACUAGAUUCGUUUAGUCACUGGCUAUGCAGCAAGAGGCAACCUGGCGAAAUUGUUAUAAGUGACGCCCCCGUGCCGCAAGCAGAUUCCGAAAAGCCUUUGCCCGAUGCCAAGUCCGAGCGGUUGAACAUGUUACAGAUGGCUGCAUUCUCAGGGAUUGCUGUCGCCUUGCACAACUUUCCCGAAGGCAUCGCAACCUUCGUUUCGACCAUGGGCGAUCCCAGCUUCGGACCAGCCAUGGCUUUCGCCAUUGCCAUGCACAACAUCCCCGAAGGCCUGGUUGUGGCAGCACCCAUCAAAAAGGCCACCGGCUCGAAGUGCAAGGCUUUUUUUUGGGCCUUCGUUUCCGGCCUCUCCGAACCACUAGGUGGGCUUCUGGGAUGGCUGGUCCUCAAGGACAUACUCGGGCCCAGAACCUAUGGCAUUUUUUAUGGUCUUACGGCCGGGAUCAUGAUCCACGUCACCUUCAAGAAACUGCUGCCGACUGCCCUGAAGUAUGACCCGGACAAUCGCUACACGUCCUACUCCUUCUUUAUCGGAAUGGCCGUUAUGGCGAUCUCCCUGAUAGCGUUCAGCUGGGCUUAA